UAAUAUAUCAAAGUCUUAAAACUGUUCCACAAUCUAGUUAAGUAAUAAAUCCUGAACAUAAAAUAUCAUUUAUUCUUUGAUUUGAACAAUAUAAUAAAUAGUUAUUAAAUAAUUAAUUUUUAAUGUAUUUAUAAAAAUAUUUAUAAAAAUUGUGUAAAUAAUAUAUUAUAGUUAUUAUGUCUGAUCCAGCGGAUACAAAUAUCUCAUAUUAAUAUAGCUAUAAAUACAUUGGAAUAGUAGAACUAUUCUUAUGUUAGAUUGAGGAAAGUAAGAUCUAUUUUAAAGGAUAGCGCCUUGUAUCUGACCCCAUGUAGAAACCGGUGAAGCUUGCGCAUGAAAAUUCUUUGAAAGCUAAUAACGAGCCAUUUCUAUAUUCUUUUUCAAUAAUUUUUCAAUAUACUCAGAGUAUUAAUAAUAUUAGUAUAUUCAUAUAUUUUACGGAAUCUUUUUGUAUGUACUUCUUCUUUUCUUAUAUGAUUACGACUUUAGCCUUAUUCUGAACAUUAUUUCAUUAAGGUUUUAACCACGUGUGGUUUGAUUUGCAAUGUCAAACUUACGAUCACUGAUUGUAUCAGUAUUAGCUGCUGUAGGAACUAUAGCUGUAAUUGGAUUAGCAGUUAAAUUUUACAAAUGUUGGAAUAGUGAUAAAAAAAAGAAAUCUCCUAUUUUAUUAGUUGAUCCAGUAGUUAAAUAUAGUUUACCAUUAAUAAAAAAGGAUAUAUUAAGUCAUGAUACAAGAAAAUUUAGAUUUGCAUUGCCAACAUCAGAUCACAUAUUGGGAUUACCAAUUGGUCAACAUGUACAUUUAACUGUAAAAAUUGGAGAUGAAGUUGUUAUACGCUCUUAUACACCAGUAUCAAGUGAUGAUGAUCAUGGUUAUGUAGAUCUUGUUAUUAAAGUAUAUUUUAAAAAUGUACAUCCAAAAUUCCCUGAAGGAGGAAAAAUGUCCCAAUAUUUAGAAGAUUUGAAAAUUGGGGAGACAGUUGAUUUUAGAGGACCUUCUGGUCGACUUAUUUAUAAAGGUCAUGGAAAUUUUUCUGUAAAAAUUUUAAGAAAAGAUCCACCUACAGAAUAUAAUGUUAAAAAGAUUGUGAUGCUAGCUGGUGGAACAGGAAUCACACCAAUGCUUCAAUUAAUUCGUGCUAUAAUAAAGGAUUCUACUGAUGAAACUCAAACUUCCUUACUUUUUGCCAAUCAAACAGAAAAAGACAUAUUACUUCGAGAUGAAUUGGAUGAUAUUGCAAAGAAUUAUCCUAACAAAUUGAAACUUUGGUAUACAUUAGAUACUAGUAGUGAAAAUUGGCAAUAUAGUACAGGUCAUAUAAAUGCAGAUAUGAUAAAAGAUCAUAUGUUUCCUCCAUCAUCUGAUACAAUGGUACUUAUGUGUGGUCCACCUCCAAUGAUCAACUUUGCUUGUAAUCCUAAUCUUGAUAAACUUGGUUAUGAUUCAAAAUUAAGAUUUGCAUAUUAGAGUAGAGAAACUAAUAUUCUAUUUAAAUCUUUUCAUUAAAUAAAUUUAAUGAUAAUUUUAGUAUCUUUAAAAAUAUAUUUCGUCAUUUUAUAAAUUUUGCAUUGAUUAAUAUAGAUAUGCGAUGUAAAUUUAAUA